AUGUCAUUUAGGAAAGUGAAGCUUAGUUCGAAUGCAUUAACAGAAUUUGGUGUGAUUCCUCUUCAGCUGCUUCCUUAUCCUCAUUCAAAUCGUCAUGGACUUUCUGAAGAUAUCUUCAAACCAAAUUCAUGGUUUGUUAGUAAUGUCUGUCUCAUUGCCUGUGAGAAUGAUGUUCAUAAUGUACAGGGUAACAACUCUAUUGCUGAUGUUGGUCAUUCUGAAGAUGAUCAAAAUCCUUCAACAAUUAAAUCAUCUGAAGAUUAUGAAAGGCCUUCUUUGCUUCCUCAAAAUUUAUGGGGAAAUGUUGAAAAUUUGGGUUGUAUAAACAUAGUGUUGAUAUUUAUCCUUGCAAUGUCUAAUCUAGUCAAGCCAGGGGCUAGAAUCAGUGUUUCCAGUAUAGCUGUUGUUGGCUUAAAUGGAAAUGUUCUAAUGUUAAGCGUUGAUAAUAUGGAGGUGGAGCAGGUGGACAAUCAUGUGGGGCAGGAUAAGCUGGCUUACCCUGAAUCAGGAUUAGCAGUAGGUGGAUAUUCUGAAUGA